GCUCUUAUUAGCUAUUAAAAAGCAAUUACGUUGUAGAAAUCGCUAAAUUAACUACACCACAAAUAAUACAAAAAUUUUUCGCCGCUACGGCUGCAAUAAAAAUACUAAUAAUUAUUUCAGAUUACAAGAAAAAAGUGUGCAAAUUUUUCACUAAAUAAAUAAAAAACAGAAAUAUAAACAGUAAAUAAUUUGUAAGAUAAACGUGUGCAAAAUGCUAGAAGUUAAAACAGAGGAGAAUACAGAAAAUGAAGCACCACCUAAAGAAAAUAUUGACACAACAGAGGAUUCUAAUGCAACGACGGAGUCGACGGCAGCAGCAGCAGUUGAUGCAUCGGAGCCCCCAGCACAACCACCGCCGCCACCAAAAGCACAAGCAGAACACAACAAUGAAGUUGCAAUGCUUAAUCCCCUAAAUGAGCAGGAAAACAAUAUAGACGCCGAGUCAAAAACUAAACACAGGCGCUACUGGACGCCCAAGGAAGAGGAGAAAUUCUAUGAAAUAUGGGGUAGGGAAAAUUGGCGAUUAACCAGACAUGGUAAAAAUACCAUAUUCUUUGCCAAAUGGUCGGAUGAGAUGAGGGAACGUUUUAAUAUAGAUGUCAAGCCUGAGGAAGUGCAGUGUAAAGUUAAUCAGACAAGGGCUAAGUUCAGACAAGUUAAAAAGAAUUUAGAAAUGGAUAAAAAUGCCGUAAAAUGGAAGAAAUACGAUAUUGUGGAGAGAAUCUUAAAGAAUCAAUAUCGUUCUAAAGACGAUGAACCGGUGCCCCCGGAAGCAUUGGAAAAUAAUCGUGAUGUUUCGCCUACAGAGUUAUUAAAUUGUGCUACCCAACCCCCAUCUCCCAGCAGUAUAUCGAAUAUGUCCAAUUUAACAGAGCAGGGCAUUAAUCUAAGCCAGUCCCAUAACACCGAUCAUCAGUUAACCGAUGAAGUUAAUAUGAGCAGUUCAUCAUUAUCCGACCAAAAUCUCUUCAGCAACAAUUCACAAUCGGGUAAUAUUUUCAGUACCGAUUUAUUUGGCAGCGAUCAAUUGGAAAUCAAACAAGAAAUCGAAAAUGAUUUAAAACAAGAAGGUUUCACUGAGCUAACGCUAACAAAUGAGCUAAGGACGGAUGGUGGCACAGAUGAUGGCAUGAAUAAUUCAACUGAUAUACAUAUGCUAGAUAAUCAAUCAUUACAUUCAUCACAAGUUCCUCAUGCAGCAGAAAUUCUACAAAUUUAGAAAACUCACAAAUACACAGUAAUAAUCCCAAUUCUCUGUUGAUAAGAAAUCGUACGGUACAAAAUCAUAAUAAUAAUGCAAACGCCGAUGGUAUUGUCAAUUUUACAAUCAUGCCCCCUAACAACAAUUUAGCCAUGCAACCACCAAAAGCAAUGGCUGUAGCAGCCUCUCCACGUAAACGUAAUCGCUCAUCGUCCAUUAGUGCGGCCGUUACACCCGUAACAAGUGAUUCUUUGGAGGGACUUUAUUAGAAGAGGUGCGUAAAAGAAUGUUCUACUUGUCGAGCAAGGAGAAAUCAAUCGUAAACGUUUACGUCUAGAGGAACGUAAAGUUAAAUUAAUGGAGGAAUUUUUCCCAAAAUUUAUGAAUCUACAACAGGAAAUUUUGCAGAAAUUGGAAAAUGUAACAAAAUCCUCUACAGAUUUAACAAAUUAGAAGAUAAGCUAAAUCAUAAAACAAUAAACAAAAAACAUUGUUAAAUAGCUAAGCAAACGUGGCGUAAAAAGAAACCAAGCAACCAGCAAACAAACGUAAGAUGUAUUAGGACAAAAAACCUUAAGUUUAGUUUUACAUAAGUUUAAUAAAAAUAUUAAUAUAUAACAAACCCUAUUUCGAUAACCAAUGAUUAUAAUCAAGAGAUUUUAUACUCUUUAUUACAACAAUAACAAAAUCAGCAAAAAAAUCUAAUAUAUUAUUAGUAUCAAACAGUUCUUUUUUAAUAGACUUAUUGUAUUAUACACAGAACAAUGCUAUAAAUUCAGUUAUGGCAAAUAUGUAUAUGUUAUCGAUUUUAUAAAACAAAAACAAACAAUUUAUAAACAAUUAUUAGUAGUUUAACAAAAAGUAAAAAGAAACAAUAGUUUUUAGCAAAAUAAAAUAAACCAUU